AGUGACAAACAGGACACGAAGUGAGAUGUGUACACGUUAAGCUGCGGAUAGAGGUGUGACGUCAGGAUGUAUGCUGCACUUACCUAGCAGAGAAACCCAGAGCUACGCGCUAAGGAAAUACUGUGACAGCUGUUUUAAAAGCCUUCUUUAAAAGAACACGGGACGACGACAACAAAACGUACUGUUACCUAAGUUAUUGUUUGUGUUUGUGUGAGGAAUAGUCAUAAGCGUGAAAACCUACUAAAGAUUAAUAUAUGAUCACGCAAUAUUAUGUGUUAAAAUACCAGCAGACGAUAGGAGAGGAACAGAAUGUCACUUCAGAAGUUUUUUUGUGUUUUUUAAAUUUAUUUAUUGUGGCUAUUGUGUCAAGCAAAAAGUGACUGUGACCCUUGGUUGUGAGUUUAUGUUUGAGAAGAAACCCUUUGCCUCAUAGAUUGUUCUUUCUGAAUUACAGUAAUGGAUCUUUUUAUCAAGACUAUCCCACAGACAGGACCACCCAUGCGACGGACGUUGGUGUGUCACUCGUGGACAAGUUGAAAUGAGAAAUAACCUACACAAACGUCUGCGAGUUUUUAUUUUUUAUUUUUUUACUUUUUUUUUAUGUCUUCUUUUUUUUUAAAUUUAUUUUAUUGUAGGUUUUUUUUAGUAUGACAGAACCUGUUUCAGUUUGCUGCAACUCGCAUCUGCUACAUAUUGUGUCGUCUGCUACAUAUUGUGUCGUCUGCUUCACACCAGGUGACCAACGACAGAGGUCAUGAUGUGUCAUUAGGACUAUUUAUGUAAUGAUGGAUCUCUGUUGAAGAGUGAUCGUCACUUUGCGCUUUUAAUAGCAUAUAUCUCAGUCAAUUUGCAACCAGUGUGAUAUAAUUAAAGUCAGUUUGAUGUGGGAAUGUUCUGAGAAAAAAACAACUCUGUAACUGCGUGACACUUUCCUUCAAAGACGUCCUCGUUUGAGUCAUGGAAGGUGGUAGUCUGCUACCGGGAAGUGAAAAUACUUCCGCUGAAGGGUGCCAUACAACUGAGCAAUCUCGUACUGCACCAACUCACAUAGCAUGUGUGCGUCUGCGACCUAAACCGCUCGGCCACCGAAUGCUAAAUGUUAUUCUGUUGUAACGAGUUUCCCCUGUGUUGUUCAUUCCGUGAUCACAGUGUACAUAUUUAUGAAAGUAGUCCCGCGUAUGACGACACCAGUACUUGCACGUGCUUCCAGCGGACUACCUUUUCUGUGACAAACAAUCCAGUGUGUAAGGUCUUCUUCCGGUGUAUUUGUUUUGGAGUUUCUGCAGCAUUCCUCUUUAUUGGUUUCAAGUACAGAGACCGAUGCCCGCUGGAGCCAGCUAUUCCAGUUUUCCUGUCGGUAGAAGGCGGUGCCCUGACGUUGCUGUGUGUGCUGUGGACGCUGCACGGCCGUCGUGAACCUCAGCCCAGCGCGGACAACUCCCUGGACAGUUGCGGAAUACUCAUCAAAAUACAAAUCAUCUUCCUCGUCUUCUGGACAAUUGCUGGAUCAGUGUGGAUCUACGCCGAACAGGAGAACGCCAACUUGCUCGACCCCGGGGGUACAGACUUCUGUGAGCCGUUUGUGUAUUGGGUCGCCUUUGGAGUGGUUACGUUUCUGUAUGCGACUGUUGUUUUCGCUGCGUGUGUAGCGGCGUGCGUCUGUCUGUGUUCCCACACAAACUCUGUGUGUGUAUAUGUACACCAUACUUGACAGAGCGUGAUGAUAAAAGGCUUCAUGCAAAUA